GAGUUUUACAACAGUCUAAGUGAAAUUCGUUACAGAUAUAAUUAACAGGGUGGUUGUUGGGUGUACAAAUUUCUCCGAUGCCUUUCCUCUUGAUCAUAUUUUGGAGGAAUUAAAGCUCACUGAACAAAAUGUUCAUUUCUAUCGUCUCAAUAGCGACGGUGCUAUGUCUCAGAUUGACGGAAGUUCCGAUGAAUGUUCUAUCGGUUCGCUUCUGUGGCAACUUCCUUGCAUUGAAUUUGAGAAUAUGUGGGAGAACUUGGUCUACGACUCUAAUCUGAAGAAUGAGAUUUUAUCCUACGUACUCACACUGAUCAAACUAUCGGACAAGGGAGCAGAUAUGAAAAUAAUAAAUGUCAACCGUCUGAUCAUUCUCCUUGGGCCUCCUGGAAGUGGCAAGACUACGCUCUGUCGUGGAAUUUCACAGCAUUUAUCAAUUCGUUUAAAUUCGCGUUUUUCUGCUUCUGUCAUGGUGGAGAUCAAUAGCCACAGCUUGUUUUCCAAGUGGUUCUCAGAGAGUGGUAAAUUGGUGUUGAAAAUGUUCGAUCAGAUUGACGAGUUAGCUGAGGAUGAAAAAUGUAUGGUGUUUGUCCUGAUUGAUGAGGUCGAAUCACUUGGUAUGGCACGUGAUGCUUCCACGAACCGAGGAGACCCAGCAGAUUCUAUUCGUGCAGUAAAUGCAUUACUCACGCAAAUUGAUAGAAUUCGACGCCGACCGAAUGUCAUUGUUCUGUGCACAUCGAACCUAGAAGGGUGCUUGGACCGAGCUUUACUAGACCGUGCUGAUCUUGUCAAGCAUGUUGGACAACCAUCAGUGAACGCUUUAUAUACUAUUCUUGCUAAAUGUGCAGAAGAGCUCAUUAGGAUUGGUAUCAUUGUCCCGAACGAGCGGAUUCCAUCCAUCAGAGAUCUUGAAAACGAUUCAACAAAUCCUAUUGGCCAAGAAAUUAUGGAAUUAGCCAAACUUGCGAAGGGCAUUAGUGGGCGUUCCGUGAGACAAAUACCAGCCUUAGCGUGGUCGAAAGCUGAUGAAGAUUCUUUAUCCUUACCGUCGUUUCUGUCGCUGUUCAAAGAGGCCAUUCUAGAGAAAUGUGAACAAUGUGGAUAG